AUGCCUCACACUGAUCCGAUAGGCGCGGGGACAGAUACCCUACCUGUGCGAAACAUCUCCAAGUCAACCAUCUACACGAUGAUCCCGUCGAUGGUCCGAUCGAGAAUACCAGUUUUGACCUCACUUCGGCAUACCGCGAGAACAGUCGUUCUACACGGCUCGAGGGUGCGAAGAGGAGGAGAAGGUUAUGCCUUGUCAUGCAGGGAAACCACAAAAGAGAAGGAAAGCUAUAGCAUCGCAUCGACCACGGACUCGAGCAGAGCUACCACGCCCACAACACGACCAGAGAGUCCGGAGGGGAGUAUCCCUUCGCAAAAUUCGAGCUUGACAAAUUACCCUCGUCCGGAAACGAGAUCAGGUGUAGACUGGGAUGUUGCCCUGACUGGAGUCAGGUUGUGGGCGUCUGCGAAAGCACAAGCCGAGCAGGGCGGAGACUCGAUCGCGUUGAGGAGCAUGCACAUCGAUGCUUUGCGGUAUAUGCACAUGGCCCUUCCCCAAGACCUGACGCCGCUUGAGAUCCAAUCUUUGCGCGGUAGCAUGGCCCCUCAACUCAUCUCUCAAGCAGCCAAGCCUGGAGAGCUCCCCGUUCCACGACACCCCAACAUUUUGAGGCAAAGCAUUGCGCAGGCUGUCUGCUGGCUUAUUGCUGGACUGCUUCUGGUCCUCCCAGUGAUCAUGGCAUUGCUCAACCGACUCCUCCAAUUUGAACGCCAGCACCAGGUCACCGAACGGGUUAUUUCAAAUGGUGUUCAAGUGACAUCUGCCCUUGGUGAGCGUGGUAUUGAACUGCAUCAAGCGAUUGUUCGCUUCAAAGACGGUCGCGUGGGCGGCGCUUGCUUUGAUCUGGGAUCAUGGUUCAUGGAGGGCGUAGUUGGCGGAGUUAAUGACGGCCUUGACGCCGUCGCUCAGAGCCGAAGAGCAGCGUCAUAG